UUUUUAGGGGUGGGGAUAGGAUGGAAAGGGAGAAGUUACUUUGUCACAGUGCUUGUCCUAAGGGCUCUCUGAAGAUUCUCUUUUGAAUGCUGUUUGCUCGGGUAUCAAUAUUAUGGGGUUUAUUUUUGUGCCUUCCUAUAAAAAUCUUUCCCUUCUAUCUCCCGUGCUGACAGCUGCUUCACCAGCAGAACGGUCACGGGCAGAACGGUCUCCGUCACUCCGCGGCCUCCUGCCGCCCUCAGCCCAGCUCGGGCACGAGGCACCGCCCGGGGGAAGGCGGUCCCGCCGCAGGCCGCUCUCCUUCUCGCCGCCGCCCGCCCCGCCCGGCCUAGGCCGCGGGAGCUGCAAGCGGCAGCGGCGGCGGCAACGAGCGGGGCCCGGCGGCAGCUGCGGGAUGGCGCCGCCGCCGCUGCUGCGCGCCGUCAUCAUGGGCCCGCCGGGCUCCGGCAAGGGCACGAUCUCGGCACGGAUCAUCAAGCACUUCGGCAUGAAGCACCUCUCCAGCGGAGAUCUGCUGAGGGACAACAUGCAGAAGAAGACAGAAGUUGGAAUCCUUGCCAAGUCCUACAUAGAUCAAGGAAGGCUUAUUCCGGAUGACAUCAUGACACGGCUGAUGCUGAAUGAGCUAAAAGGUCUAGAUCAGCACAACUGGCUGCUGGAUGGUUUCCCUAGAACAGUUGCUCAGGCAGAAGCCCUGGAUAAAGAGUGUCAAAUAGACACUGUGAUUGACCUAGAUGUACCAUUCGAAACCAUAAAAUGUCGUCUCACUGCACGGUGGAUCCACCCUACUAGUGGCAGAGUCUACAACCUUGAAUUCAGUCCUCCCAAAGUGCAGGGCAUUGAUGACAUUACUGGAGAGCCACUUGUUCAACGAGAUGAUGAUAAGCCAGAGACGGUUACCAAGAGGCUGCAGGCUUAUGAUGCACAAACAAAACCUGUUCUAGAAUAUUAUCGGAAAAAAGGGCUGUUGAAAUCCUUCUCUGGAACAGAAACUAAUAAAAUCUGGCCACAUAUCUAUACUUUCCUCCAAACCAAAUUGCCAGAUGUGAGCCAGAAAGAUGCUGCCACUCCCAGGUGAAACUAGGUCCAACUUCUGCUCACUGGUCAUAGCACACACAUGAUUACACAAGAUUCAGCGAUCAAGUAUUACUCUUAAGUAGUCUACCAGACUGAUCAAUAAUUAAAGUCUAUUGUUGUCCCUAACUUACAUUAUGAUAACACUGUCUCUUCUGUGGCUGUUCUCUUUUUAAAACUGUAUUUGUUUUUAAUAUUAAAUAUGCCUGAUUUUUAUAAUAUAGUAAUUGACUUUAACAAAAGCAGAUACUCUUGUGUCUCUGUUAAUCAGAAAAUAAUCAUGUUUGCUAAUAACAGUGAAGGAAAUAAACUUCAGAGUACAGCUUAAUUACA